UUGGCAGUGUUUGCUUAAUUAUUUAGAUAAAAUUUUUAUGAACUUUUAACGCCAAAAAAAUUGCUCAUAUUAAGAUUAAAUUGCUGAAAAUAUUCCAUUGUAAUGGUUUCCUAUUCCUUUGAAGGUAAUAAACGUCUGUGGACUGUAAGAGAUGAGGAGGAAAAUGAGAAAAUAUUUAGCCAGCAAUCUAUGCCCACUGGGGUUAAAAUUCCUCAUCAUUUCAAGCCUACUUAUUUAGCCAAUGCUGAGUAUGAUGUGGAAAAGUGGCCUUUGGCACAAUUAAUGCGUUUACUAAGAUUAUAUGCGGCUCAUCGUUGUCUAUGGGAUGUUGGCUGCAAAGAUAAUCGUAAUCGUAAAAUGCGUCAUGCUGCUCUAGUUGAUAUAACUGCGGCGCUGGAUGCUGGCUUCUCUAAGGAACAGGUAGUGCAGAAAAUUAAUAUUUUAAGAGCCACCUAUCGUUAUGAAAAAAAGCGCAUUAAGCAGAGGAUACGCCGUGGCUUGGGAGCCCGCACAAAAUUGAAAUGGUUUGCUUUAGCAGAUGCUUUUUUGAGAAAUGUGCCUAAGAAGGGGCAAAGGGAGGAGGAUCCCUCAAAUUCUGAUUCGGAUUUAGAAGAUACUAUAGUAUUCACCAUAAAUCCUGAAUCUUUGGUGCCUUUGGAACAAGAUUACGACACUGAAAACCAUCAAGCAUACAAAGAUAAUGAGGAAAAUUCAUUGGAAGCUAAAGAAGAUAUCUACUCGGAUGAUUCUCAAUUUAACUACAAUGAAAUUGAAACACAAAAAACUAACCACUGUAAAGCCUUAAAAAACAAAAAUGUGGAAACUAAAUUUGAAACAGAUACAUCAGACCAAGAAAUUGAGGAAACUCAAUUUACUGAACAUCAAGUUAAAAGUGAUUUAAUACUAAAAAAGCAAUCCACUUGGACUUUAAAAGAUACUUACAAAUUCAUUAAACUGCUAGAAAAUCAUUCAGUUUUAUUUGAUAAUAACUUGGAAAAUUUCAAAUUUCAACAACGAACCGCCUUAAAAUUGAUAGCCCAAGAAAUGCAUUGCGAAUUUAAAGCUAUCGAAAAACGUUGGUUUAUUUUACAAAAGACUUACAAGGAAGAAAAGCAAACAAUGCAAAAAAAUACCCAAUACAAACCCAAAUAUAAAUGGUGGCCGGCUGCAGAAAAACUUUUUGCAACAAAAUCAAUUACAAAAGUAGCAGAAAGUGUAACAAAUGCGGAAGAUAUGGCUACAAAAGAAGGUAUGUCAAAAUCUGAAGAUGAUAUUACCACAGAGUUCAUAUUUUUGCCUGAAAUGCAAAAUCUAGAAAGCACAGAUGAUGAGAACUAUGAAAAUAGAUUUUUACAAAAUCCUAUACCAUCAGUGGCACCUCCAUCCCACAUGAAUGAAGCUAUGGCUUCACUAUUUCAUUCAAAUGAUGAAGAUGAUGAACUCUCCCAAGAAUCCCAUACAAAUUCUUCCUUUGCCAAAGAAAAUGAUUCCUCAAGCUCCGCUAAAUUUGUGUGGCAUGGCUUAGAGGACGACCUACUAGAAGGCAAGUGGUCGCUUAAGCAUUCUGUCAAAUUCCUAAGACUUUAUGGUGUCCACAAAUGCUUGUGGGACUUAAAUGAUCCGGACUAUCGUACCAGACCAUUACGAAAUGCCGCAAUUGAGGAUAUAGCCGCCUCCAUGGGUCACGGAUUGACUGCUUCCUAUGUGUCAAAGAAAAUUAAAAUUUUUCGCAUUACCUAUAUGCAGCAAAGGAAACGCCUUUUGGAGGCCACUGAAAAAGGUGAAAAGCCGGAAAUUUUAUUAAAAUGGUUCCCGCUGGCCGAUAGUUUUCUUAGGCCUCACAUAGGUUUGCGCUCCAUUAAAUCGGAUGCCAAAGAAAUACCUCAGUUUGAUUAUCAAUAUGUUUAUGCCAAUUUGAGCUUAAUUGAUCCGGCUCUUUUGAACGAUUUUCGUGGCAAGGGCACACAAAAUGCCAUAGAAAUUGGCAACGACAGCGAUAUAAUGGAUAUAGAAGGAGAGUAGCAGUGUUUAAUUCAAAAGUGUUACCUUUUGUUUGUUUAUUUUUAUUAAAGGUUUUUAAAUUACGUGAAAUAA